CUCUGAAUGAUAUUUUCAUUUGACGCCCAACUUGAGUAAUAUAUUUUACAAGAGGAGUAGUUCACUAUUGCGAAAUAUAAAAUGAGUGUAAAUGUGAUAUACACCUGUGCACCUUUAUGAAAUACAGUGGAUUGCAAAUAAGUAAUUGACCAGUGAACGAAAGGAAUCAAGUUUCAUCUUCUUUAAUUUUGAUGUACCUUCUAGUGUUAUUAAAUGCUCGGUUACAUUUAAAUUCUACUAUUUAGCUAUAUUUUUUCUUCAAGAUGGCAGUGAAUAAUGUCUACCUUUCACCAUUACGCCAGCGGUUAUAUUGUUUCUGUUAACGAUGUGUUACUCUUCACGGCGGUUCGAGCCCUAAAUGCUAACUCUCAAGGAUCGCUGUAUGAUGGUGAUAGCAAGGAGUAAGAAAGUCAAACCACAAAUGACUGCCACAACGAAGAAUAUGGAUUAUAAUUGGACAGCUGGUCCAGAGCCGCCAAGUAAUAACCAGGAUGUGGGAGUCCCAAGGGCGGUGUUUAUUCCCCAUACGAAUUCUUUACCAUUUGAAGAAAGGCGCGUUACGUUGGAAGAACCUGUCAAGAUCGGCAGGUACGUGUAUAGAGGGGCGCCUUGUCACACGAACACAAUAUUUGACUGUAGAGUACUCUCUCGCCACCACGCCACUCUGUACUAUGAAAAGGGACAUUUUUAUCUUGUGGACAACCAAAGCAGUAACGGCACGUUUAUAAACAACAACCGCUGCUCGUUUGUGAAGGAACCGCACCAAGUGUUCUCUGGCGAUGUUGUGCAGUUUGGGAUCCCCGUGGUCGAGAAUAUUGGCAAUUCAGAAAAGAAUACAUUUCCACCAGUGGUUGCACUUUUAAAGCUGUACCAUCCUGAUGGCACGGAGGCGAAACUGCAUCUUGAUGAAUUAUAUCAAUUAAACAAUUAUGUGCAGGAGGCGAUCCAGCGCGAGGCGUCGCUGGAGACGCGGCUGCGCACGCUGCGCGAGUGCGUGGAGCGAACGCGCGGCGAGGCGCAGAGCGCGUGGGAGCUGUUCGUCGGCGAGCAGCGGCUGCUGAUGCGCGUGCACACGCUCGAGGCGAUGCUCGCCGCGGGCCGGCACCCGGACGCGCACCACGUGGCGCAGCUGCUCGCCGACAAGAAGAACUAUCAGGAAGUGGCGCUAGAGAGCCUUCGGACGGCGCACGAGCAGCGGCUCGCGCUGGAGGAGAGCCUCGAGCGGCGCAGCCGGGAGGCGGCCGCGCUGCACAACCACAACUGCGCGCUGCGGCUCGCCGCCAACAACGCGCUCGCUGAGUUGCAGAAAAUGGCAGCACGAUGCGAGCGUAAAAUGUGUGCGGCGCGACUUGCAAUAUCCACCGCCGAGGAACGCGAGAGCGCCCUGCGGAAACGAUUACCACUCACUUAUUCAGUACAAAAUGGCGAGGCGAAAAUGUUGGUACUCAGUCCAGAUAGCAACAAAAUACAAGACUUGAAACGAAGCGGCUCCCUCGAGGAGGCUGUUAAGACACUGCCCGAUUACAUCAAGAUGUUAUUGCCUCACAGUGUUCUCAGUAAGGUGGGAAUAAAAGUGAUCUCGGCUGACGGCAAAUCUGUAAAAGACAUCGAUUUAAUACUGAAGAAAAAUAUGAUUAAUAAUACCGAAAAUAAAGAAAAACAGCAAGAAGAAGAAAGCUCAGGGGCGAGUGGUGAAAAGACAGAUGAAGCCAAUUCAUGUGAGGACGACGAGAAAACGCGACUAAAUCACGAGGGCGAUAACGAAGUAGAGUCUUCUAGUCCCCUGGACGGCGAGCUUCAUGCAGACAACAACGCCAACUCCACGUUCACUGAGGCUGAUAGCCGAGAAGAAUCUCCUAGCAAAGCGGGCGUCGAGUACGCGAACAUCCUGCGCGUGAUGGCCGGCCUCAACGAGGAGAUAAAGGCGCUGCGCGAGCGGCUCGCGGCGAGCGGCGCGGAGAACGAGCAGCUGCGCGGCGUGCGCGACGAGCUGCUCGCCGCCAAGGAGCCCGCCGAGCUGCCCGACACGCACGACGCGGCCACCUACCGCGCCACCAUCGCCGACCUGCAGGCUCAACUCACACGUUCGACAGUCGCGGAGGAGGCCAACAUGGCAGAGAUAAAGCGGCUCGCGUCCAACGCCGCCGAGAUGCAGGCCGAGCUCGCAUUCCGUCCCACGCGCGCCGACAUCGAUGACCUCUCGGCCGUCGUAGGCAGCCUGCGCGCCGAAGUGCUGGAGAAGGACAAGCAGAUACAGCGCCUCCAAGCCGCCAUCGACAAGGAGACGAAGCAAGCGGACACCGUGGACAAAGCGGUCGAAACGUCGCCGGAGGAGCUGCGCGACCCCUCGCCGGACGACAGCAUGGACGCCAAGAAGAUCUCGGCCGAAAUCGACGAGCUGUUCCGCCUCGACGACGACGACGACGACGAGACGGAGUCGACGGCGACCGAGAUCAACAAGGAGGAGAGCGACGAGAGGAGAGGAGAGGAGUGCGCGCUGGGCGAGUGGGUGCGGCUGGACGACGAGCGGCGGCUGCAGGUCAGCCUGCAGAACGGCAGCCUGCACGCGCUGGAGGAGGAGCUGGUGCGCGCCAAGGAGCGCUGGGCGGAGGUGUGCGCGGAGCGGGCGCGCCUGGCCGCGCAGCUGGCCGCGCUGCAGCGCAAGCCGCUGCGGCUGGACGCCUCGCACGCGCUGGCGCUGGCCGUGCCGGUGCUGCUCGCCUGCCUCUACUACGUGCUGCUGCCCUACAUCUCCUGAUUGACGGCCACCUGGGACCCGCCCGGGUACGCUUAGCGCCCGCCCGAACGUUCUCGCUCUCCAAAACUUUUGCUCACUAUUUCUCGUGCGGUUCUUUUUAUAAAAUACGAAUAUCGACUUUCCGUACGAGUGUCCGUUCGACGGCGGCCAUACAUACGGAUCGGCGCGCGCCGACCGUGUACCUCGAUUCGAAUAUUAUAUUUAUCGUUUACUGUUCGAAGGCUGAGUAUUUAUGUACUAGAGUAAUUUAGAGUAUAUUAUGGCGUUAGAGAUUGUUUUGAUGGCCUUCGUUUUGGUAAAUUUAGUGCGCGCCGCCGAUUCGUAUCGUGUGCGCGGGUUUCGACUGAACGAUCCGAUUGAGCUCGUUUCGGAAGUGCCAUUUGAAGUGACGUGACUACACCGGGCCUCGGUACACGUUUGGGAACGUUUGUGUAAUAUAGUAUUGUUUCUGUAAAAAGUGUCAGUAUCUUAUAAUAGAAAUUAAUAUAAAUUUGUUGUUGAUAUCUGCCAUAAUAAAUAACUGUAUAUUAUUUUAAUCUUAAGGCCUAACGACUGUUCUACUGUGUAAUAAAUUUGUCGUUAUAUGGUUCGUGUAAAUUCUAAAUCGUUCUAUAGGUAGACUAUCUCGCAACGGCAGAAGGCUCACUUAUUCUACGCAUAUUGUAGCGGGCGUAAUUUGUUACACUAGACGCUAUCUGCGUUCUUAACCGAGCAUACCUGUGCCGCCUUCUUGAAAUAGGCUAUUGAAGAAAAAAAUAUGAAUAUAUUCUGCUGUGUUCUUAUCUACGUUGGAUAUUGUUCAUUUGUGUGUUCAUUCUCUAUGUAUAGGAUUGCGUCGUCGAUGGACCGCCAUCAUUUUCUUAGAAAGAGAUAAUACGUAUGUAUUUGAAUUGCAACAACGUGACUUUUUUCUGAAAUACUAAGUAAAUCGAAAUUAUGUAAUUUGACCAAUAAUUGUAUAACCUGUCUUAAGCAAACCAUAAAAAUUAUUGUAAAUUUAUAUGGACUGAGAUUUUCAUGUUUAGAUAGAUGCGGCUCUCAACAAAAAUGUUAUGUCACACAAAUAGUGAUAACAAUUGAGUAAGAAUCGACUUCGGAAAUUUAGUGCAACGUUUGUAAUGUGAAGUUGAUAGUGAAUAUGUAAUAAUUUCGAAUUAAGAAAUGCAAGGGCGACAAAGUUCUCAUUACUAUCGAAAGCUGCACAUAUCAUGUAUAGUUAACGAGUGGUUAUGGGCAUUUACAUUUAUUGAUUUGGUGGCGAGCUAAUUUUGAAUCAUUUGCAUUUUUCUAGUCUUUAGAAUCGACGUCGUUUGCGUUGCGUGUCAUUCGAUAUUUCAGUAUCGAUUUUUUUUUAUUUGUUUUCGUAUCGAGUGACACUAUCGAAUAAUUUGAUUUUACGUUACACUUCGAAUCGAAUACAGCACUUACAAUCGUCGAUGGGUUUUUUUAGAAUAAAAAUUAACACAUUAGAGAUGGCAGUUUAGUUGCAAUACUCACAGUUAGUUAAUUUGAUGUAGAUUUUUGAGUUGUCUAAAUAAGUCGUGCUUAUUGUAUUGCAUCGUUUUGAAUAUGUUUUGAAUGAUGUAAUAAAUGACGGUGUGUGUUUUAUUCGUACGGCGCUUGCGAUCUCGGCGACCUUAGAGAUUGCUUCGCUCUGUGAUGUCAACGCCAAUAGAUAAUUUUGUAACAAACAUAUAACUAACAAAUUAUAUUAAUUAUCAUUAAGGUAAAUAUAACUACCACGUUGAAACACUAUCUUUUUAUUGAAUAUUUAUUUUUAUUGUUGCACAUGUAUUGUUAUGUUCGAUGUUUUAUUAUGCGUUUAAACCACCUUAUUGUAAAUAGAUGUAUUUUGUAAUCCUUAUGUUUAGUUUCAUUGCGUCGAAGACUUUUAUGUUGUAUUUUAAAGAGUAAAUAAUAUUGCAUUCAAUGUGGAUGUACUGAUAAAUUUAUUGGAAAUAAUAUUGAUUUGUUUAA